UGAUUCUAAAUUUAAAUUCAGUCUUGCAUCGACGCUAAGCGCGCUCGGACGCGCGGGCGUGUUCCGUUAUCGAAAGUGAAAACAAAAACAAUACACGUUUUUAUUUACGCAGUUGGAUUGUGUUAGUGUCGUGCGUGGUUAAUUAGUGAUUUGUAAUUAACAAUCAUGACUGAACCAAAGACUGUGGCUGUGGAUGAACUAGAAUCAUGGGUUGAGUUGAACUCCGGCAACGGGUUGGCAGCCGUCGAGAACGAAUACAUUCGCCUCCUCAGAGAGGCACAGAGGGAGAGCCGGGACUCCUCCGUGAGGCAUUCCAGGGCCUCCAGCGUUAAAGGCAGCCCGAAGUCUCCGCCUAACAGUCCGAACCUGGAGCCGUCCACGGAAGACGAGCUCAAGGGGGUCUACAUUAACUGCUGGAGGGACGAUUCCAACGAUUGGGUGUGGGAAUGGAGUAGCAGACCUGACCAGCUGCCCCCUAAGGAUUGGCGGUUCAAGCACCCUCAAAGCGCACGCGGACCGCCCUCAGCCACUUCGUCCAUCGAAGUGUUGGAGCAGCAGUUAGUCGCUCCUAACGCUCAACAGAACCACUGCCUCUCCGUGCGCCGCACGUGCCUGUUCAGCCGCGGCGCCAUCGCGGCUGUGCUCGUCACCAACAUCGUCUCCUUGCUGCUCGGAGCUGGCAUCGGGGUCUGGCUAAGCAAGAAAGGUAUGCUGCCGCCCAGACUGAUCGUUCUUAACUGAACGCAUCCAAGACUGCGGGCGCGGCACACCGGGUCGUCGGUCCAUCGGGUGACGAUGGCACACGGACAAAAAACGUAAUACACGCGAAAACUGCUGCUGAAAUUUGAACUCUACGCCGUUGAAAUAACGUUCAGAAUUGAACGGACGAAACUGCUGCUAAAUCAUUUUGAACUCUACGUCGUUGACAUAAGGCUCAGAAUUGAUUGUCUUGCGAUACACAACAGGGACGAAAACUGUUGUUAAUACAUUUUGAACUCAAGUAAGGUUAAACAUUGGUUUUCUUGAGUUGAACUAAGAUCUAUUCAAGUAAUAAUGUGUCAAGUUUAGUUCAAAAUAUACAGUUUUUGUAAGAAUGUCUGAGUUAUUAUAGUUUCCAGCAAAAAUGGCACCUUUUACAGAUGUACAGUCAGACUCAGUCAGACUCAAAUAAUUCGUGACACCCAAAGUAGCCAAAAAGUUCGCAACACGCUUUGUUACAAUGAGGGUUUUCGCGAAUGAAAGA